AUGAUCAACUACUACUUCUUCUUCUUCUUCAUUCUCAUCAUCAUCGUCGUCGUCUUCAUCAUCAUAUUCAAGAAUCCGAUUUCUACUCAGCAGGUUCAACUAUGCCUGCGCGUCCCGCAGACUUGUACUCGCACCCCACGCGGGCUCAGGGUCUGCACAGAGUACUCCGUAUCUUCUAGCGGAAUUCCGAUUCCUGGACGGCACAAUCCUAGCUCUGAGGACUAUAACAUCUUGCCAACUGAUCGUCUCCCUCAUGCCUCACGAGCCUGCGUCGGUAAGGGAACCAGUGGAGCUGAAUCUCUGCUAGUCACGGAACAGCAACGACCACCAUCAAAUCCUUCUGCCUUGCCCUGGCCCGCGUCGGAAGGCGCCCACAAGUCAAAAAGGGGGGAGCCUCGUGCCCCGACUGCUCUUCUCCAGCGUCAUCAACAAGGCAACAUGAACACGAUCAGAACUUUGGACGAAAAUCGAAUUGGCCCCCCGUUUUCCGCCAGUUCAUCUGUAGUUAGGCCGGGGACCCCCCGGCAAGCGGGACGGAGCGAUGGUGUAAUAACUAGGUUAGCGGAGGGGUAG